CCUAUACCGCCCCCGACCCCCUCGACGAGUCGAGCCGCCUGGGUUUGUUAAUUACUCGACGGAAACCUUAGUCUGUAAAUACGACCUUCACGUUCGCUAUGUCCGUCCCAGAGUAUCACGAAGCCGUCUUCAGAUGGCCACAUCCCGGAGCCAACGAUGUCGUCGUCACUGGUGAAUUCGAUGCCUGGUCUUGUUCCCGACAUCUGUCGCGCACCGACUCUGGCAGGUUCGAGGGUGCGGUACCGGUCCCCUGGGGUCGCAAGGUCGCUUACAAGUACGUUGUCGACGGGCGAUGGACGACCACCGACGAUCAGCCCACCGAGUGGGACCCACAGGGCUUUGUAAACAACGUCUACAGUGCCCCUGCUCGCCCUGCUACUCCUCAGCCACCAGCCCCUGAACCCGAACCUAUCGCUGGGCCGCAGCCUGCAGGCUACGUUAGCGGGGCGAUCUCUACUGUCAAGGACGCUGCUGCGGCCAUGGUAGAAGCAAUCGCUCCUGGCACAACCGAAACAACGCAGCCGACGCAUGCGAUCGCGGCCGACGAGUCAGAGGGGGUUGCCCUUGAGACUGCUCGAGCUGCUCACGAGGAGCCAGCCGCGGAGGUGGCGGAGUCUGCGCCCUCAGAGGCCGCACCCGAGCCCGAAGCGCAGACGGAGACCCCUGCUCCCGCUCCGGAGGGGCCAACACCGCAUGAGGAGCUCACCGCCGAAGCUGUCCUACCCCAGCCCGCCGAGCAGACUGAAGCGGCGCCUAACGUCCCAGUCCCAAUCCUGCCAUUGGCCGUGGAAGACAAGGAUAAGCAGCUCGAGACGACUGUCAUCGAGGGCACGGCCACCAGCCAGCCCGAGGCCGCUGUGGAACCAUCUACCCACACCCCCGUAGACGUACCCGCUACAAAUGGGCAUGCUGGGAAGAUUUUGGAAACUAUCAUUAUCGAGGGCUCUGCCAUCAGCGGGCCGGAAUCCGCUGUUGAGCCGUCGACACAUACCCCCGCUCCUCAAACGCCAGAGACUGCUACCUCGAAUGGCACUCUGGUCGAGCCUUCGACCCAUACCCCCGCUGCGCCCACCGACCAGACGGAGAAGCCUGCCGCCGUGAACGGUACGGGAGCCAAACCAGAGACUAUUUCAUUACCACCUCCUACUCCCGCAGAGAUCCCGCUGCCAACGACACCGAGCUCGAACGGCAAUGGGAAGACCACCCCACCGCAGCCAUCCUCCACCGCGACAACCCCGCAGGCGUCGCCGCAUAAGGAGCACAAGCGCGCCUUCCCGACGUUUGGCAAGCACCGGAGGACGUCCUCGAUUGCGUCCGUCAGCACACAUGGCACGGACGAGCACGGCGCGACGAAUGGUGCCGGCGGCAGCCCCGCGGGCACGCGCCGCAAAAAGCGGACCAGCAUUUUUGGCAAGAUCCGCGACAUAUUCUCGGACUCGCCCAAGAAGUCGCGUGAGUAGGCCCUGAUAAACCUGCGGGACGGUGGAUGUAAAUUUGCCACGACUAAUAUGCCAAGGUCAUCUGCGGAGGACCUAUAGAUGUUUACGUUCUUCUCAUGACCCGAUACGGCAUUUUCUCUUACGACAUUACUUAUUCUCUCUCCGAUACUCGAUGCCCCUUUGUCCCUGUCCCUCUUACUACCUCUCAGUCGUGCUAUCCGUUUGUUGUCCCAUGUUGUGUUCUGGAAUUCCGUUUCUGUACCUUAUAGUAGUUUUUACUCCGGAUUUCUCUCCCUCUUUCUAUCUUGACUUCUCCUGUCAUUUCCUGUCGUAGUAAUAUAUCUCGUUCACGUAAACAUAUUUCACUACAUUUGUG